GAGAGGCGGGAACUUCCUGAGGGGCGGGGCCCAGCCCGGUGGAACAUGGCGAAGACCUACGAUUAUCUCUUCAAGCUGCUGCUGAUCGGGGACUCGGGCGUGGGUAAGACCUGUGCGCUCUUCCGCUUCUCCGAGGAUGCGUUCAAUGCCACCUUCAUCUCCACCAUCGGUAUUGACUUUAAGAUUAGAACCAUAGAGCUAGAUGGCAAGAGAAUUAAACUGCAGAUAUGGGACACAGCUGGGCAGGAACGGUUUAGAACAAUCACAACGGCAUAUUACAGAGGAGCAAUGGGCAUCAUGUUGGUAUAUGACAUAACCAAUGAGAAAUCUUUUGAAAACAUUCGGAAUUGGGUCAGGAAUAUUGAAGAGCACGCAUCUCCAGAUGUCGAAAAGAUGAUUCUUGGAAACAAAUGUGAUGUGAAUGAUAAAAGACAAGUUUCUAGAGAGCAAGGGGAGAAGCUAGCUAUUGGUUUUGGAAUUAAAUUCAUGGAGACCAGUGCAAAAGCGAAUAUUAACAUAGAGAAUGCAUUUUUCACCCUUGCGAGAGAUAUCAAAGCAAAAAUGGACAAGAAAUUGGAAGGCAAUAGCCCACAAGACAGCAACCAGGGAGUCAAAAUCACACCAGACCAGCAAAAGAAAAACAGCUUUUUCCGAUGUGUUCUUCUGUGAGGGACACUGCCUUAACCUGAGCAUCUGCUCAAUUAAACUGGACUGUGCCUGUUCUGAGUGAGAUUUCCUCUGUGUGUGGAUUUAACACUUUCAAUAUGUCGUGUCACACUGUGGCCAUCAGAAUAAGAUUAAGAAAUUGUUUAUUUUAAUAACUGUCUGACUCUUCAAUUUUGGAGAUGAAAUUUUUUAAAUAUUUUUCUGUCACACCUUCCGCUUGGCAUAUGCAUUGUCUAGAGAAGGGAUACAGAUCAAAAGUGACCUCCAAUAGCACCUUUACUGACAAGCUUCACUCUCUGGGUGGGGGUUUAUAUCUAAUGUGUCUAAAGUAGAAAAAUUAAGUUUAAAUGACUUUACACUGAAAUGCCAACAUUAAUAAACUAAUGGUAUGUGUACAUGAUACCUGCAUCUAAAUGUCUAUAGAUACAUAGAGCACAAUCACUUCAAAACAACAAAAUGCACUUAUUUUAAACACUUAUAGCUUUCGAAUGGUGGGUAGAAGCUUUCUGCAUAUCUAUCCUUUCGGCUAUCACAGGAAAAAAUCACAUUUGUCUGCACGUCACUAGUUCAGUUCCACCGUUCUAGACAACCAACCAGUAAAACUGAAAUGAAACACAAUGCCUCAUCAGAAAGAAAAUAUCUAUUUUUUAGAGAACCAAAGUGUGCUGUAAAUAUAAUAAAUCCUUCAUAUGAGAAGUUUUGAGGAAGAAACUUUAUUUUCCACGUUAGGGAAGACCAUCCAUAAUAUAUUUGUCGAUUUAUCAAGGCAUCUUUUAAAUUGUGUCGGAGAUAAUUUUAUUCUAUACUCUUGUGCAAAUGAUCUGUUUUCUAAUCUGUUAUCUAUAGUUAUAGGCCAUGGUUCAAAUAUGUAGACCACCUUAUUCAAAGGUAAUGACGUAGCUGAAUAACACUGUGAUGGGCCGCAUAAGUUCUUUAUCUCAUAGUUGAGAAUGACUUCAAACAAACCUUUCAUGACUUAGUGGUUAUUUCUAACUUGUGAAAACAAAAAUGUAUUGCAUUGCUCCUGUAUGAAGAUGCACACUCCAUAUAUUGACACUUUCUGAAAACUGGCUUUCUUUGUUUUGGCUGAGAUUUCUCUUGCUCCCAUGCCAUGAUUGCUUAAGAUUUAAAGUGGCAGUGAACUGUUUUAACUAUGUAUGGCAAUGCAAACGAUGAGGUACAGGAAAAUUGUGGUGACCCUUAAAGAAAAUAUACUUCUGUGUAUGUACACUUUAUACACAAAGGCACAACACAUUCCAAUAUAUAAAACUUAACAGCCAAGCAAUUUUAAGCUCUUUUUAUGCAGCUUUCAGGUUAAUGGUUGUACGACUGAUUUAGUUAACUAGAUUUGAAAAGAAGCCAACAAGUAUAAGCUGUUUAGAAGCUGCUCUUUCUGUCUGGUAACUGGCAUAAUGGUAAAAGAGCAUAUUUGAAGAGAAUGAACGUAUCAUCAAUGUCCUGCAACUCACUGGAAUUGUUAACAUGUUUUGUUUACAUUGACAACUGCACUUAAGGGAAAAAUAAAUUAAAGCUCUGUUUAAAAUUGAGUUUUUACUCCCUACCUCUGUUUCCUUGAAGUCUGCGUGAAUAUGUUCCAACCUCUUUUCUUGCCGUAGCUUUCACUACUGUCACUAGAAUUAAAGAUCAAAUACAUUAUUAUAAAGUAUUUUAGUAACUAAUUCUCCUGCAGGCAAAUAUGAGCUCAGUCUUUUGGCUCAAACUGAAUACUAAACGGAAACUAAAGCUUUACUCUCUUGCACAUUUACCAUGUUACUUUUUUAAAUAGCUUUUUUUCUAUGCCUUUUGUCCAGUGUUGAAUUGUGAAACUGAGCUAAUU